UCAAGCGAGCAGGUCUGUCGUAAAUAACGGGAAGGAAUCUAUGGUUUUAGACAGUUUGGAGAAACUGCCCAGAGUUAUAUAGUUGUAUUUUCUUUCCUGUCUUGUAGUUCAACGAAAGCAGACUUUGAUACGUUUAUUCUUCAAGAUAAUUUGGAGGAAUUUAGGCCUAUACCUUCGUUUUUGUUUUCUUAAUGAAAGCAGGCUUUUCUAACUCAGUGAUGCAUUUUGACCACUUUUAAUUCAUUUAAUAUAUUGUGCUAAAUCGAAAGUCCUGAACUAAAUAUGCGUUAGUGAAGGAGAUGACCAGUAGUUGUGCACGCGGGAGUCCAUGUGACGUCAGAGAGACAGGCGAGUUAAAAGCAGAGAGCGCAUCAGGAGAGGCAUGGUUGGUUUGUGGAUCAUAGAUCACAACAUCCCUGCCUCUGUGGACUGCAAAUAAUGUGUUUCACCAGACUGACUGGACGGUAAACAUAUUCAUUCAUUCAGCGCGUCAUCAACCGUCAACCGACUUGGACACCUGAGCCAUCCCCAAAAAAACAUCCCAAGGGAGAAUUGCUCUAUAGCUGAUAUUUCUCUAAUACCUCAAAAGAAGAGCCGAAGAACAGCUGAAGCAGACUGUUCAUUACAAACCAAAUCUUGGGUGCCGGCACUUUACCCGCAGUGGAAAGCAGUGUGUCUUGGUGUUGAUUUGAUUUAGUCAAAGUUACCUUUACGCGCAGAUCUAGCACACGUGUAACUUACCCAGAUUCCACCUUCGGAACCGACCUUAGAUCAGCCGCUACUUGAUCCUGAUGCAUUGAUGAGUGACAGUUGGACAUUGUGCUCGUGCUUGAUCCUUUAAAGUUUGCCGACAUUCACUGAUGUUUGAUAUCAUGGCUUACCCGCAGCUAGGAUACCCCUACUCACCUACACACCAGUUCCUCAUGAGCACGAGCUCUUUGGCCAACUGCUUCGAGCCUGGCGGAAGGUCUCUCCUGGACUCAGGUGUGACGCAUCCCUCUCCCCAGCCUCUUCGGUGCCCAGUGUACGAGAGCAGGCUGCUCGGCUCCCCGGGCCAGGAGAUACCAACCCCGGCUAUAGGUCUGGGUGUGUAUGGAGCUGGCUAUGGAAAGAGCCAAGGGUACUAUGGCACCUGCGGAGGCGACGCAACAGCUCUAUAUGCCAGGGGGACCUUGGAGUCCAAAGAUGGAGCGUCUGCACAUGUGGGGGCCUCUCAAACCCCUGCAUACUAUCCAUAUGAUUACGCGUUUGGGCAGUAUCCAUAUGACCGAUAUGGGUAUGGGUCAUCAGUGGACAGUGCCGCAGCACGGAGGAAGAACGCUACCAGGGAGACCACCAGCACUCUGAAGGCCUGGCUGCAGGAGCACCAGAAGAACCCGUAUCCCACCAAGGGAGAGAAGAUCAUGCUGGCCAUCAUCACCAAGAUGACACUUACACAGGUGUCCACGUGGUUUGCCAAUGCACGGCGGAGGUUGAAGAAGGAGAACAAAGUCACAUGGUCACCACGAGCCAAUAAAAGCUCUGAUGAGAGGGGCUGUGAAGAUGACAGUGAUGGUGUGGAGGGAUCGCAAGAGGAGGAGCCAAUCAAACGUGAGAUAGAGGUUGAUGACUCUGUAACGGGGAGGUGUGUGGACCUAAAACAGAGUGACCUGGAGGACUUUGAUCUGCUGGAGUCAGAUGGUUCUGACUGCGACCCUAAACACCGGUUUCACACCAAAGACACCCCAGUACACACACCACCGGACCACCGCCACCACCCCAAAGACCCUUCCAACAGCCCACUCACACAUACCCCAGACACACUCCGACACGGGAAUGAACGAUUGCCACAGUCAGCAGAUUGCCUCAAAAACACACCAGACCACGACAGAACAACCAACUCAUUCUACACUCAACGGGACCUGCGAAGUACAGAGAGCAGCAAACCUAACAUCUGGUCCAUUGCACAAACUGCUACUGUCCAACCUGAGUUCCCUCCAUGCAUGCACACAGCCACCCCAAGCGAGUCCCUCUCCCCAGGGGGGUAUCUGACUGAAGUACCCCACCUGAAGGUGAGGGCGGCUGAGCAGCAGGACUCGCCAGUGGCUACUCUGAGAGAUUGGGUGGACGGGGUCUUCCACGACCCGCUGUUCAGACAGAGUUCCUUUAAACCUGUGCUGUCCAAGUCAGCCAUGGACAGGGUGUGGAUUGGGUUAAAUGGAUAGGCGAUGGAAGGCAGAACUCUGUUGAACAUAUUACCUCGUCUUUGCAGCAUGUAUAGACUUCAUUAGAGAGGCAUACAGAGACUGCUAUCCUCACACCAUUUGAAUUAACUCAACCUGAGCAGAAGGCUAUCUGAACUCCUUAUGAUACUACAUGCUUCCAUGCCUUUUUUUGUUUUAGAAAAAUGUCAAUACAUUAAUGCACAUAAACGUCAGUAUAAUGACAAACAUCAGAACAAUGACGUUUUGCAUAAGUAUCAAAUUCAGACUACUUUCACUUUAAAUGCGUUUUUAAAUGAGUGGGAAAAAGAGGGAUUCAAUCCCUUUGAACACUAAGAAAAGCAAAGUAGUAGCCUACCCAUUCUCCCAGUAAAAUGAUCCCCCACAUUCAACAGAUUACAAAGUUCUGGAUUGUUGAAUCACUAAAACACACUGAUAAUAUGUUGUUUUAUGAUCUGGGAAGUGGGGACACAGAGUAUCCUAGUGGCUUACACCGUUUCCAGACCUGUUAUAAUAACCUGAAGCAUGACAGCACAAUGUUUCCUCAUAAACCAAGUAGUGCAUAAUAUACAGUAUGUUUUGCUUAUGAUCACAUCUGAUAGACAUAUUUCACACUUCUUGCACUAAAGUCCGAUUGCAGUUGUUGAGUCACGGAAAUAAACAAUUGUUUUUUUUUGCAGAA